AAAAAUGGUUGUAGGGAAUCACCGCGGUGUGAUGAUUCUGACAGCGGUGAGGCAUUUGAACCGGAUGAAGUUAUAAUUGAAUGUCCAGAGCAAUCCUUAGCAGGGCCGAGUGGGGAUGCAUUGCCAGCGGACAGACCCUUAGCAGGGCCAAGUGGAGAUGCAGUUCCAGCGGACAGAUCCAGUGAAUCAAGGCAAGGUCAUGAGCAGCCAAGAGCAAACAGCGACACAGCUGAGUACGAGAGUAGGCAGAGAUCUCGGCAGCCCGGAUCAGACCGUGACACAGAGCGAAGACAUGUGCCCUUGGACAGGCCCAGAAGGAAAACAAGAUCCACAAAGGACACUAAAUAUAAGGACUUUAUUUGCGAAUAG